AUGGCGCCUACCAUAUUUCUCCUUCUCGCACUACUUUCCAUCGCCGGCAAAGGCGGUGGUCUCAAGCUGGAACUCAUCCAACGCCGACUCUCACCCGGCAACGUUUCACCGAUGGCAGCCAAGUCACAAAUUUGGCCGGAAACCAGCGAAUUUAUGGUGAAAAUCGCCGUCGGAACGCCGCCGACGGAGGUGCAUGCAAUCCUCGACACUGGCAGCGAUUUAUUUUGGGCCCAGUGUCGUCCAUGUGCGAAAUGUUACCGGCAAACCAAUCCGAUUUACGACCCUUCGAAAUCGUCAACCUUUCGAACCCUUUCUUGCAAGUCGCCGCAGUGCCAUUUGAGGGGGUCCGGUGCGGCGUGCUCCGGCACCGACACGUGUAAGUACGGCUAUGGGUAUGGAAGCGGAUCUACGCAGGGAGAAUUGGCGACUGAAAAAAUGGCUGUAACUUCGAGGUCUGGAGCGACGACGCCGUUUUCGGGGGUGGUGUUUGGUUGCGGACAUAAUAAUAGUGGAACGUUUAAUGCCAAUGAAAUGGGAUUGAUCGGAUUUGGAAGAGGAGCGAUUUCCUUCGUUUCUCAGAUAGGUCCAUCGGUCGGCGGCAGAAAGUUCUCCCUUUGUCUGAUGCCAUACAACACCGACCCGAGAAUCUCAAGUAGCCUCUCUAUCGGGUCGGGUUCUGAAGUUAAAGGACCCGGAGUCAUCACAGCCCAACUCGUUCGAACAGCCGACCAGACAUCUUACUCUCUCACCCUCACGGGAAUCUCCGUCGGAAAAACCCUCGUUCCGUACAGUACGUCGGGACCUCCGGCCAAGGGGAAUGCGGUUCUCGAUACCGGCACGCCGCCGACUCUCCUCCCCAAAGAAUUGUACGGACGAUUGGCUGCCGAAGUUCGGCGGCAUAUCCCGUCGAAGCCCAUUGACGAUGAUACUCUUUGCUACAAAGAUAAUUUGGGGGAUUUGGUGAUGACUCUGCACUUCGACGGCGGCGUGGAUCUGCGAUUGAGUACGGUUCAGACUUUCAAUAAGAUGCCGGAUGGGUCCUUUUGCUUCACCGCGAUGGGCGUUGACGACAAGGACGCAGUCAUCGGGAACAGUAUGAUGGCGAAUUUUUUGGUUGGGUAUGAUAUUGACAAUAUGACGGUGUCGUUUAAGCCCACCGAUUGCACAAAAAUUGGUUGA